AUUUCUUCUUCAGACAUGGCCAAACAAGUGCUCCAAAAGCAAGGCUCAGCCUUCUCUAACAGGCCAGUUCCCAAUUCAGUCCAUGUAGACAAUUAUCACGUGUCCUCUGUUGUUUGGCUUCCCGCAUCCCGGCCUCAAUGGAAAAAUCUCCGCAAAAUCUUGAAUAACUACAUCUUCUCUGUUAGUAAGCUUGACGCCAGCCAGCACUUUAGGUACAAGAAGAUCGAAGAACUUGUUGUUUACUGUCAAAGGAGUAGCCAAAUGGGGGAGGCUGUAGAUAUUGGCGGAACAAUUUUCAGGACCCUGUUGAAUUUACUUUCCAACAUCCUCUUCUCAAAAGACUUAGCGGAUCCAUACGAAAAUUCGGGUAAAGAAUUUAAGGAAUUGGUGGAGGGAUUACUGUUGGGCUUGGGUAAAAUAGACUUGGCGGAUUACUUUCCAGUGCUAAAAAUAGUAGAUCCGCAAGGGAAAAGGCGAUAUAAUUCUUGUUUGAGGAAGCUGCUAAAGCUAUUUCGUGAAUUGGUAAAUGAGAGACUGGAGCUAAGGAAGUCCCAAAAUGAUCAAAAGACUGAUAUUAUAGAGGCCUUAAUCACAGCCAGUGAACAAAGUCCCCAAGAGAUUGAUGUCAAGAAUAUACCAUCAAUAUGCCUGGACGUAUUUGUUGCUGGAACUGACACAAGUUCCAACGUAAUGGAGUGGGCUAUGGCUGAGAUUCUUAAAGCUCCAGAAGUUAUGAAGAAAGCCCAAGCCGAGCUCGCAGAAGUCAUCGGAGAAGGGAAGGCAAUAGAAGAAGCUGACAUACUCCGACUCCCAUACUUGCAGUGCAUUAUUAAAGAAACUUACAGGCUGCACCCUCCAGCUCCUUUUUUGGUUCCUCGAGAAGCAGGGGAAGAUGUUGAGGUAUGCGGCUACACUGUCCCUAAAGGUUCAAAAUUGAUGGUUAAUGUGUGGGCAAUUGGUCGGGACGCAACCCUUUGGGAAGACCCUUUGGUGUUUAAUCCUGAUAGG